AGCCACCUCCUCCCGGGCCCCCCGCCACCCCCGUCCUCUCCCCUCAGCCUCUCAUUGGCUGAGCCCCGGGCCCUCCCCGUCCCCCUCUCCCCCACCCCUAGUGAAAACUGCGGGCUCGGUGCAGGGUGCAGCAACUGGAGGAGGCAGCAUCGCGUCCAGAGGAAGCUGCAGCGGCGGAGGACGGGGCCCAGAUCCAGGACUGAGCUUUUGGCACCAUGAACCCAGCCAUCGGCAUCGCCCUCCUGUUGGCAGUCUUGCAGGUGUCCCGAGGGCAGAAGGUGACCAGCCUAACAGCCUGCCUGGUGAACCAGACCCUUCGUCUGGACUGCCACCAUGAGAAUACCACCACUUUGCCCGUCCAGUACGAGUUCAGCCUGACCCGUGAGAAAAAGAAGCAUGUGCUGUUUGGCACUAUGGGGGUGCCUGAGCAUGCAUACCGCUCCCGGACCAACCUGACCGGCAAUUACAACCUCAAGGUUCUCUACUUAGCCAACUUCACCAACAAGGAUGAGGGGACCUACACAUGUGAACUGCGCAUCUCUGGCCAGCAAUCCAUCCCCAACUAUAAGAAUGUCUCUGUGCUCAGAGACAAACUGGUCAAGUGUGAAGGCAUAAGCCUGCUGGCGCAGAAUACUUCAUGGCUGUUGCUGCUCCUGCUCUCGCUCUCCCUCCUCCAGGCCACAGAUUUCGUUUCCCUGUGACUGUGUGGGCCCAUGGAGAUACAGGAAGCAAGCCUCAAGGCCCAGUGCAGAGGUCCUGCUCCUCUGAGUUGGCUGACCCCCUCCCCAGCCCCUAUUGGGGAGUAAAAGCGACCCCACCCCCUAUAAGGAACCCCAGUGCUGCAUGCCAUCAUCUAGCCUCUUCCCCCUCUCUGCACACCACUGGCUGUCUUUUUGUACUCUUUUCCAGAGCUGCUUCUGUCUGUUUUAUUUAGGGGUUAUCCUUCCUUUUCUUUGGGAGUGUGUGGCAAAGGAAGCCAGGAUAGGGGACCAGAUGGAGACUGAGGGCAUGUGAUGGGAGUGGAGUGGAGGAUACCAGUUCCUGGGGAAUGAUCAUCCUUGCCCACCGGGACCAGAAGCCUGGGAGAGACCUGGAUGAGGAGGGAGUGGUGUGUCUGGGCCUAACCCAGAUAUGCUCUGUGCUGAGACCCUUCCCAGCAGGCAGGGUGGCACCUUCAGACCCCAGGUGUGUGGGCUCCAUGAGCAUGUGUGACUCCUCACAUGAAGGUGAGCUAAGUGUCUCCAGGAGCAUUCUCAGCCACAGCAGAAAAAUUCCCUCUGGCCACUAUAGAAGUUCCCUAGGGCCUUGGGCCAGGGUUGCCACCCACUGAAGAUGCAGAUUCAGUGGGGAGCAGCAGCACUAAUACAAGGUUGCGGGAGGGGGCAGAUAGUGAGGGUCCAAUGGCUCUCCCCACCUCAGGAAGCUGAAAUCGUGAGCCUGCUGUCCUUCACUGCUGCACCACCAGUUGAGAGGGUGAUAGAGGAGGACAAUGGCCCCCAGCUGUCCCAAGCUCCCAAGAGCUCUGCCCUACAGGGGUUAUCUGGAAUACCACAGAGUUUGGACCAAGUUUCCAAGGGAGGCUCUUCCUUCCUCGCCUAUCACUGCUGACCUCUGCAGGCUGGGCCCCAACCCCCAGAUAGCCCUUGCACUGAAGGCCUAGCUCCUCGAAGACCUCGGGGGACCUGAGACAGGCCCUGGAGUGACACCCCAGGGUGGCACACUCCUUGGGAGAUGGCUUUUCCCAACACCCAGCUCCCCACCCGGUGGCUCUGCCUGUUGUGUGACUGUUUGUAGUGCCACCACAGCUUCUGGCAUCUCAUUGAGGAAAAAGAAAACUGCACAAUAAAACCAAGCCUCUGGAGUCUG